AUAAUAUUCCGCAAAAAUUAUGUAAAAAGAUUGCUCGAUUUCACUGAACAAUAUUGACCUCGGUUUUAUCGAGCGAUACCAGAAGACCAGGGUGAUAAAUCGCAACGUGGGCUUGAACAUUCAGAUAAAUCAAUCUACACCGUGUUUUAUUUUAAUAUUCGCAUAAAAAUUGUCGCCUUGCUAAAUUUCUACGAUAUGCCAGGAAUAUGAACGAAAUUAAGAAAUUUAAUAAUGUUUAAUUAUGUGUUAAAGCAUGGUGAAACAACGCCGCUUGUGCGCUUCAAAUUAUAGAUCUCUUUGCAGAAUCUCGUUCCCAUAGCGUCUAUGUAUAUUCUCGACUCGAAUUCUUCACGAAAAAUUGUCACCUUCAACAUGGAAACUGUUUUUCGAGAUCUAUUCUUGAAGCGUUGGUAAUAGGACGCGUCCUAUCCCGUCAAUUUCGUUGGGUUCGAAAUGGAUUCAUGGAAAAAUGGAAGUCGGGAAAAGGAGUACAAGUAGCAGCAAGACGAGGAAGAGGAGUAGGGAACCGUACUAGCGCAGUCAGCUGGUCGUGACGUCAUCCGAUCAUGUCGUGGUGCUGGGUCGUGUGGUGGGAGGUGCGACGGUGUCACGUGGUCGGGCUGUGAAGUCACGUGGCGCGUGUGGUUCGCGAACGCAGAAGCCGGUGCUAAACGGCCGCUGAUUGGUCGAGACGAUUUCACCACCAUGAUGUGCGCAUUCCAUCGGCAUGACGGCGGGCUCCAUGAAUGACCGGCACGUCAUUCGUGUACAAUUUCGCGUUCGACGGCGCACCGUCGUUGUUCGGUAUCGUUGUUGGCGUCCAGUUUUCACAUUCGACGAAUAAUGUUCUGUGAGAACGCGCGUUGUGCUGUGCGGCAUCGAGUGCGAGCAAUCGCGACGACAAUGCACCCGACCAAUCGGCGAAACGCGAUGUGUCAUCGCGAUAUGACUGCACUGUUAUACUGACGGUUUCUUUUUUCUUUCUUUUUUUUGCACCGCGCUCUCGGUUGUGACACCGUGUCGUUGUACCGAUUUUUCGCCGUGUUCUCGUUCCGCCUUCUCUGUGUGUGAAAGUUUCGAAUGGGCUGGCACCGUGAUAUUUCGUUCGCCGUACCUUUCGACGCCGUUUGGAAAUCCUGCUUUAAUCUUUUAGCGGUAAAGCCAGCUUGAAGUCCGUUGCACCGUGAAGAUAGCGCGAGUCGGUGAUCGGUCGGGCGACUAACGAGUCACUCGUGCGAUCAAUCGGGUUCACGCAUGAAAUCUGUUGCUAAUUUUUCUUUCCUCCUCGCGACAGUGCCUUAUUUUAUCGUCGAACGUGGAUUACUCUCCGAGUGAAACAGCUGUUAGAAAAUUGUGAUGUUUUACCUUUCUAUCGCUAAAAGUGAACGAUACGGAGAUUUAAACUGUGUUUGAUGGGCACUGUUUCUAAAAGUAUAUCGAACCUGUCAUUCGAUCAGUGUUUUCAUGAGAACUGCGUUCAGUGAUGUUGGACAGGUUUUGGGUGGAUUUACAAACGAACCCGAACGAGGAUCUCGCCUUAUGAACGAUUUUUAUGACACAAGGAUAUUAUAGAUUACAAGUGUUUGAAAUAAUUCAGAAAAUGGGAGAAAUCGUAGAAAUUUCGCAAGGUGACGUUCAGGAAAACACGGUGAACGGCUGGGGUGACACUAUGGGCAAAAUACAGUACUGGUGUCCUGAAGGCCAGCAGAGUCAGCAGGGUGAACAGGAGUUGGCGACGAAGAUGUUGCAGAUUCAGAGCAAAAGAUUCUAUCUGGAUGUUAAACAGAACAGACGUGGAAGGUUUAUCAAAGUAGCCGAGAUUGGUGCGGACGGGAGGAGAAGUCAAAUUUACCUGGCACUCAGUACAGCAUCCGAGUUCCGGAACUACCUUUCAACGUUUAGUGACUUUUACGCAUCCCUAGAUCAUGCAGGUCCGCCAAGCUCGGAGAACGUACCAGACGAUGGGAAACUGAAGUCAGAGGUGAUGACCAAGGAUAACAGGCGGUAUUAUUUGGACUUGAAGGAAAAUACUCGCGGCCGUUUCCUGCGGGUGUCGCAGACGAUCACGAGAGGAGGGCCGAGGACGCAGAUCGCGAUACCUGCACAGGGUAUGAUCGAGUUUCGCGACGCGUUGACAGACCUCCUCGAGGAGUACGGUACGGACGAUGGCGGUUUCAAGGGUGACUUACCAGAGGGACGAUACAUGCGCGUGGAUAGCAAGAAUUUCUAUUUUGAUAUCGGCCAGAAUAACCGUGGUAUCUACAUGAGAAUUUCCGAGGUGAAGACGCACUUCAGAACAGCUAUCACCGUACCAGAGAAAUCAUGGGCGCGUUUCCGUGACAUAUUCGCGGAUUACUGUGAAAGGAUGAGAGAAAGAGGUGCCGGAAGCAACGUGGGCAUGAACAGCGGCGGCGGUGGAAAUGUCUUACCCGAGGGGAGGGGCUCGGUGGUGGCACAGGUAACGCAGAAAGUCGGUGGCGUAAAAAACAAAACGGAAAAGCGGCAGGCCGACCAACGACAACGUGAGUCCCUGAAACGACGCAAAUCCCUGCCACGCCAAGCGGAACCAUCCUCGAUCAUUCCUGAAAAAUCCAUGUCCGCUCCUGCUUCACAAAUCCCGACGACCACUGAUAUCCCGAUGUCUUCUGGUUCUGCUGUAACAACGUCGAGCGCAAGCAAAAGCACGAUGUCCGAGGGGAAUAUUUCUAGCGGUUCAGCAGCGUCGCAAGACAUUCAAGAAGUGCCGCGCUUAGAAAGUGUGCAGGUGUAAUACUGCACAGGUGUUCUGCGCACCCGCGCAUGCGCGAUCAUAAGCGCGGUAGUGACGGCGUGGGUAGCGCGAUCCGGUUUAGUAUUUGCCGCGCGGAGCUUGGGGUUGUAUCGUUUAAGUUGUUCCUUUGUGUUCCGAAUCGUUUCGUGAAUAAUUUAGUUUCCCUAAAAUAAUAUUCAACUCUUACGGGAAUAGUUUGCUUGUUGAUUAUUGAAAAGUUUAGAUUAGUUUCAACGCGGGUUUCGUGUUAACAAGUGGUGCGUGCGCACGUGCUUCCAUGGGCUUCUGGCGUUUCAAAUAAAGUUACAUUUUCGGUGUUUCCUGACACGGUAAAGUUAUAUUUUAUUUUAUUUUCAUUACAAAUACCGUUAUACGUAAAAAUUUUGAAGAGACUUUGCGUAAAUUCAAUUAGACUCUUUAAUACAUUAAUACCGGUUGGAAAACCCGACUGGAUUUAAGUUCGGACGCCAUUUUGAUUUAGUAGCAAAUUCAAACUAUCACGAAUAACGCGUAGUUGAGAAUUAAUGUGUACACAUAAUACAAAAUUGAAACACCAAUAUACUUUAAUAGACAAAAUCGGGCAACGCACCAUUUUUUACACAAUUUGAAAACGAAGAAACGUUAUGUAAGUGUUGUUAAGUAGAGAAAAGAGGCAUCGAAUAACAUGAUGCGAAUUUCUGUUCUUUUUUUCUCAUUUAUUUUAGUAGAGACGGAUCGGUUGCGUUAAUAUUUUGCUUGUUCUUGCAUGAGAUAAUAAUGAUAAGUUUUGCAAUAAAUGUGUCUGGUUAUUGAUUGGAUUUGACCCUAGAUUCGCUUACUUUAAUAGUAAAAAACAAAAUGCGGAAUAAGAACA